CAGUUCCAGUCCUAUCUUUUGUAUAUAAUUCAAUUUUACCUACCAUUUUUUGACCUUUUUUUUUCUCUUUUAUUUACUAAAUAAAUCUUGUUUAUAACAGAUAUAAAAAUAAAAAUUACUGUGACUCGUAGGUUUGACAGUUUUUAAACAGAUCCAUAAUAAUGACCUCCGACGAAUCAGACGAUGAACCAUUAUCAGUGUUAGCGGCGGCGAAAAAGUCUAAUCCAGAUCAAUUUGAGACUAGAUCAUCUGACGAGGACUAUGAACCAAAGAAAAAGAAGAAGAAAAAGUCAAUUUAUAAAAUAGAGUCCAAAAAAGCUUCUAUCACAAUUAAAUUACAAAAAAAGAGAGUGUUAACUCCAAAAGUUAUAGAAAGACCAACAGAUGUUUGGCUAUAUAUGAAAGAUUUAAAUCCGACGGGCCCAUAUAGUUGUUUGCUAUGUCCUGAAUGGUUUAUAAACAGGGCUAAAAUGAUUAUUCACUACGUACUUAAUCAUAAAAAGGAUUUCUGUGGUAUUUGUAGGUACUUUGUACCAGAUCGUGAAACCUGGUGGACCCAUCUGAAAUUCCAUAUUCCUUGGCCAUGUUCUCAGUGUGUUGAGAAUUUUCAAACUGAGGGGGCACUCCGUCAACACCUUAGCAGUGCUCAUAAGCUGGUCCACUGUCGUCUUUGUCACUUUAGGGUCUCUGAUGAUGAUCAAUACAAAACACAUCUCUUUCAAAAACACAAUGUCACUAAUGUAUCUAAUAUAAGUUGUGAAAAUUUAUGGGAACUAGAUUAUGAAAGUGGCACUAAAUUCCUCUGCCUGCUGUGCUCAAAAGCAAACAACUUAUCAACAACUUUCUUCAAUCAUUAUAUGGGAUUCCAUCAUUUUACUUUGAAAUGUUUCACAAACAUCAUAUCUGGUAGAGAUCCACCAUUCUCUGUGUUUGGCGCUGAUGUCAGCUCUCAAUUUAUCGAUGGUCAGUUAAAGAACCAAGUUCGAUUUGGUUACAUAGAUUUGGAGAAGAAAUGUAUAGACACUAAAGAAGGUGAGACCAGAGGGGGAUCUCAGGUGCUUAAUGUCCUUAUUCCUGAAAUUAAACAAGAAACUACUGGUGACACUAAUGGUCAAUAUAAACAGGAGGACAAGGAAAGUGAAGAAAUAAGAAAGAGAGAUGAUGAAAUUGUGAAGACAUACAUGGGUGAUGAAGAUUUCGAUGUGACAUUAAUGGAACUGAUAUUGUUAGAAAAGUGUUACUUUGAUUAUGUGAAUCAAACUUUAGAAGAUAUAAAUUCAAAUACUGUACCAAUAGGGUCGGAUAUAAAUUAUAGAGUAACAAAAACAGAUGCGGAGCCUGAAGUGAAUUGUGCAGUAUGCAAUACAAAGUUACCAGUACAGGAAUAUCCAGGACAUGUGGGGAAAAUGCACAGUGUAAAAUCAGUACCUACAUUUUCAUGCCGAGUGUGUGCUACUACAUUUAACAGUCAGACUGAACUUGAAACACAUGUGGCAGAGGAAUUGGCGGAUUUUGAUGACUUAUGGAUUUGCCAGUUUUGUGACAAAGAGUUUGAUAAUAGAGAAUCAACUAGGAGACAUUUGGUAGAACAUUUAGAUAUCAUGGAAUAUGACAAUUGUUUUAGCCCACAUCUAGGUUUCAAAUGCAAGUACUGUCCCACAUUAUUUUGGAACGAGACAGACAGAGAGACACACCAAGUCCGUGUGCAUUUGAACAAGCAUCAAGAUCAAUAUUACAAAUGUGAAAGUUGUUCAGAAAUGUAUAGUGACAAGGUUUGGUUCAUUCAUCACUAUUUGGAAAAACAUCAGAAUCCCGAAGCAGCUACACCGUCUUACUUGUUGAAGUGCUGCAUCUGCUGUCUGGUGAUGACCACCAUUGAGGAAAUGAGAGAACACUUCCAGAGCAGUCAUCCUGAGGCUAGGAAGGUGUUCUGCUCCUUGGAUUCAUGCCAGUAUAAACCACUUAGUCACAGGAAAUCAUUCAAGUUACACAUAAGAACGGUGCACACGGUGGGCGGGCGGCCCGAGCGGCCGGCGCGGUGCUCGGUGUGCGGCCGCGAGUUCCCGAGCGCGCGCGCCUGCAACACGCACGUGGCGCAGGCGCACGGGCCCGGCAAGUACAAGUGCAAGCUCUGCAGGGACGUCAUGCACACCAUGGACGAGAGAAAACUUCACUACCUACUCCGCCACCCUGGUCGGCAUCCGUUCGAAUGUUCGGAAUGUGGUAAAUCAUUCCAAUACAAGUCCUCGCUGUAUAUGCACAAGCAGGACCACGCGCCGAAUAAACAGACGUAUACCUGUGACUACUGCGGAAAGGUGUUUAUGAAGAAGGACUCGUUCCGCGAGCACGUGCAGAUCCACGAGGGCCCGCGGCACGCGUGCUCGUACUGCCCGAUGCGGUUCGUGCAGCGCUCCAACAUGCUGCGCCACGAGCGCCGCCACACCGGCGAGCGGCCCUACGCCUGCCCGCACUGCCCGCGCACCUUCGCCGACAAGGGCGCCUGCACCUCGCACGCCAGAACUCAUUCAAAAGAUACUUCGUAUGCUUGCCUGUACUGCGGUCAGACGUUUGUUCAGAAGUCGAAACUCACGUAUCAUAUAAGAAAACACACGGGAGAAAAUUUGGAAACUUGUCCAAUAUGUUCGAAAAUGUUUACAAGCGCGUGCUCGCUUCGUGAACAUAUGAAGAUCCAUCAAGCUAGGAAAGGAUCUGUUAAAUGCCCGUUGUGUGAAAAAACGUACCAAGAUGAAAGAUAUAUGCUGCGUCACCUGCGCACGACGCACACGCGGUCGCAUUUCUCCUGUCCCAUCUGCAACAAGUCUCUCAGCAGCACGGCCGGCCUGCGGCACCACGUGCUCACACACAGCUCCAUCAAUACGUAUAGAUGUAAAGUUUGCCCUAAAUCGUAUGCCGUGAGAAGAACGAUUGUGAAACACCUUCGUAAACGUCACGGAAUCAAAGACACUGCUGUGAAUAUAAAGGACUUUUACAAGAAAAUGGAUCCGAGAGAGUGUGAAUUGGGCCUGGACGAGGAAGUCAUGACCAAUAUAUUUGGACCACCAAAGAAAAUCGUCAAAGAUAUUUUAAUGGGAAAUUUUGUUACCAUAGCUAAAGACUUUAAUUUACCCAAAGAAAGUUCAAAAACUAACACGAAUAAUGAUGAUGGCGAUGGCGAUGGUGAUGACGGCGAUAAUGAUGAUGAUGAUGAUGGUGACGGCGACAACGAUGAUUCCGAUGAUGGUAAAGAUGAAGAGAAAUCCAAAGAUGGCGAUGGAGGUGCUAGUAAUGAGUUUGUAAAAAAUAAGACAAUAAAGCAAGAGCCAAGUGAUAAUGAGGAGUUGGAGCCAACUGACUUUGUGAGUGUGAAGAUCGAACACAUGGAUGAAAACACAGAUGAGGAAACUUAAGUUGGAGGUAUUAUUUAAAAGGGUAAUAAUGUUGGCAAUGGUACCCGCGAACGGUAAUCAAUAACCUCGCCUGCGUUAUUUGAUACCAGUGAGUCGUGAUAGGGGAAAAUUUAAUAUAAUUUUAAUACAACACAAAUUCAAUAAAUCAUUCAAUACAAAUUCUCAAGGUAUAAAUUAAUAAUUGCAGUGCCAACUUGUCCUUCUCCAUCCAGAACACUGCUUGUACGUCAAAUUUCAAUUCAAUUACAAUUGAAGCGACAAGAGAUUUAUUAGUGGGAGUGGUCUGAUUACCAACCUACAUUUUGAAAGUGUAGUAAAUAUAUUACUGUGUGUAGAUAGUACUAGUAGCAAAAAAAUAUAUGCUUAUAGUCGUUUACACUUAGAAGUAGCGAAACAACCCUCUAAACAAGGUAUAGACGAAUCUAUCGGGAGAAUCGUUUUGGUCAGCAGUAUUUUUGUAUACAUAGAAAACGGAAUCGAUAUAAUGCACAUAUAGAUGUAUCUGAAUACAGUACGUACGUACACAUACAUGUAACUUGUAUGUGUGCGUUCGAUACUAGUUUCUAAAUGUAUAAGCAUGUGGUCAUCUUAUAAAUAUAGUUGGCACGUCAAAUUCAAUUUGACGAGAACUACAAGAAGCGAAAAACAGUUGCACGUUUACUAAAAUAUUGAAUUGUAAUUAAUAUAAUAGGAAAAAAAAAUGUAGUUACAAAUUAUACAUAUACUUUUAAAUUUCUAUUGAUAUCCACGAUAUAAUCGUGGUAAAUUAACAGCGUCUCCAUAUAACUGCAUUCAUUUUGCUCUCCUAUUAUAUCGUGGCGAUAAAAUCGUACAAUAUUGCACCAUGAUGAAAUGAAUUGUAAAAAUGCCUGUUCUGAUUUUGAAUUCACCAUCGCCGUUGUUGACUUGAUUAUCUCUACCCUAAAUGUUGUCAUUGAUUAAUAUUGCCAUGUGGUCCCGGCAUAGAAUAUGCCACUCUUCACCCGUGGGUGUCAUAAGAGGCGACUAAGGGAACUUAAUCGUCGAGGGAUGGGCAGCAGCAUCCCUUUUAAAACUUCACCAAAGUCUUAAGCGUGGUUGGCAAUCCACCUGCCGAGCAAGGCAACUACUGGCAACCCAAGUAAUACUGCCAAAACCCCCAAGGGGGAUCCCUAUGUUCAACAGUGAACAGUAGGGCUUCUAUCAUCAUCGCCAAAAUCUAACUGUGGUUGCUAACCCGCCUGCCGAGCAAGGCAACUAAACUGGUAAUCCAAGUAAUACUGCCAAAACCCCCAAGGGGGAGCCCUAUGUUCAACAGUGAACAGUAGGGCUUCUAUCAUCAUCAUCAUACCAGCUUUUAACUGUCCAUUGCUCUACGUAUGCCUCCCCUUAGGGCAGUUUUGCCAGUAGUUGCCAUGCUUGGCAAGCGGAUUGGCAACCGCAGUUAGGCUUUGGAGAUGUUUUAAAAGAGACGCUGAUGUCCAUCCCUGGCCCUCCCUUAGUCGCCUAUUACGACACCCACGGGAAAGGAAGGGAUGAUCUAUGCUAUGCCGGGGCACACAUGGGAAUGAUAUUAUAUCAUCAUAUAUAUUAAUAUUGUUUGGAAUGUCGAUACUAAGGCGCCAUUUCUCUAAACUUAUCUCCACAGAUAAAAUUUCAAUUGAACUCAGGUUGUGGAAUGAGCUCCCUGCCGAGGUUUUCCCACGAGACUACAGCAUGGGGUUCUUCAAAAGGGGGGUAAAGAGGUUUCUUCAGGGUCGGCAACGCACGCGUAAUGCCUCUGGUAUUGCAGGUGUUCAUAGGCUGCGGUAACCACUUACCAUCAGGUGGGCCGUAUGCUUGUUUGCCACCUCAGUGGUAUAAAAAAAAUUAAUAUCACAGCAAAAUUUUUAUUUUAAAGACCAAUAUGAACCAGUUUUCUAAUAGAUUGAAGUCAAAAUUAAUAUAUAUUUAAGUGUUUAAUGGUCCAUAAAACAGUAAUUACGCGAUAUAAUGAAUUUAAAAUAUAAGAUUAAGAGAUAUUUAGAGAAAGGGCGUCUCAGAAACGGCAUCAUUUUGCUUAUUACGAAAUAUGUAUAUAUGAUACAUAAUGUAUACAUAUUAUGUAUCAUAUUAUUAGGCUUGGAUAAUAUGGAUACCGGGGGGAAAGAGGUUGUUAGCAAUGGAGUUUGACAGCUCCAUUGCUAGCAAUAUGCCCUCUCAGGUCGACCUCCACGUGGUUCCCCCUGGAAACCAUCGUGAACAACUCUUGUUGAAUUCGUCACGAUGGGCUAACUGGCCUGCUUCAUCCUCACCUAUCAUCUUUCACUGGUGCCCCGUCGGUGUAUAUCGAUAGCGCGGGUAGGGUUACCGUUUCAUUAUCACCCAUAAAAAAAUAUGGAUACCGAUUCAUAUCUAUAUAUUGGGUCCUCUGGAGAUUUAUGGCGGAUAAAGUUCAUCACCCAUUUCGAUAUCACCUAUAUAGGUCGGAUAUCUAUUUAUCUAUUUUUCAACGUGUUAAGGGUCUGUUAUUCAAUAUUUUUUUUGGAUAACAGACUUUUAACAUAUUUCUUAAUGGAUCAGUAUACUCCACUAUGGAUGAAGGUAAUUCUGUACCACCUACCAUCCCGUGCUGUGGAAGCUCUAUGCCGAAAUAUAUAGAUAUUGUAACUGAAAUAUACAGAUAUUGCUAUAUAUGUAUUACCCACCCCUAUUUUAUAUACAAUUUAAUAAUCAAAUUAAUUUGGUUAGAGUAUUUGGCGUAAAGUAUCAUGAUAGGGUUGCACAAUUUUUUUAUAAUUUUAUUGUGCAAUAAGAAAUACUGUUGUUAUUAGUAAUGAAUCUAUUCCUAAGCUUUAAUAUUGAUUUUACAUAAGUCAAAAUCGAUAAAUUGUAGUCAUAAAAAAGUUUGUUAUGUAUAUUUUUGUUUCUAGAUUAUUUUGUAUAAAUAUAUAUAUUUUUAUUUGUAUAUAUAAUUGCAAUAACUGUUAGAAGUAUGAUGUUACAUCUCAAUAAAUAUAUUGUAAUACUAA